UUCUUAGAGAGUUUGAUUAUGUGGGGUCUGUCACAAGUAUGGACAGGAUUUUCCUCUCCUCUUCGCCAUUAGUUCUGUGCACCACCAGAACCCAUCUAUCAGACAACCCAAUUGACACCCAGUAACUAAAGACAGUGGCCAGUGUGUUACUUAUGGCUUUGGCUUCUCCACCACUCAGUUUCAAACCCAAAUGCUCUUCUUCUUCCUUAUCUUCUUCCUCCACCUGCCGCCCUGCUGUCAUUCUCCCAGGGUUAGGGAACAAUACAGGUGACUAUCAGAAGUUAGAGCUGAUACUGGGGGACUAUGGAGUUCCCACAGUUGUUGCCAAGGUGUCAAGAUUUGAUUGGCUGAGGAAUGCCGCCGGUUUGGUUGACCCCAAUUACUGGCGGGGAACUCUCCGCCCUCGCCCUGUUCUUGAUUGGUACUUGAAAAGGGUCCAUGAGGCGGUCAGUGAAGCCAAGGAAUUGACCCCAGGUGGGACUCUCUCCUUGAUUGGACACUCAGCAGGAGGGUGGCUUGCCCGCAUGUAUAUGGAAGAAUUUAGUUUUUCUGAUAUCUCGUUGCUACUGACUCUUGGUACUCCCCACCAGCCAACUCCAAAAGGUUUGCCAGGUGUUAUUGAUCAGACAAGGGGUCUCCUGGAUUAUGUUGAACAAAAUUGUGCGAAGGCUGUUUAUACUCCUGAACUGAGAUAUGUUUGCAUUGCAGGAAGAUAUAUUCAAGGAGCUCGCUUCUUUGGCAACUCAAAUGUUGAUAUUGAUUCUGUGGUUGCCACUGACAAUGACCAAAUAGUUUCAGAUGUUGCUAUUAUGAAUAAUAAGACCAAUUCCACACCAGUAGCAACUACAUUGCGUGCUCGAUUUGUUGGCCAGGGUUACAAGCAGGUUUGUGGGAAGGCAGAAGUGUGGGGCGAUGGAGUUGUGCCAGAGGCAUCUGCCCAUUUGGAAGGGGCACUAAACAUCAGCUUAGAUGGAGUUUAUCACUCACCAGUUGGUUCAGAUGAUGAACUAAGACCCUGGUAUGGUUCUCCUGGGGUAGUAAAGCAAUGGAUACACCAUCUCACUGAAGAUCCGAAGAGGUAAGAAAUGAAGCAGAUCAUAUAUUAUCCAUCGGUAUAGAUAACUGUUGAUCUACUUGAAUCGAAUAUUGUAUGCUGUAAGCCAUUAAAUGAGAAGCCACUGAAUAUUGAUAAUUGAAAGAACAAAUGUUAUACAAGGGAAGUUUUGCCUCUUGAUUCCA